CUCAUGGACUCAUUCAGCCCCGAGUUGAUCGAGCGAGGAAAGAAGUGUGGUGUGGACAUCGUGUCCAUGGAGGACUUGGAGGCACUGGGAAAAAAUAACCUUCAAAAGCCAGUACUGCCGAAGCCAGAGGAUCUCAGCGUUGUCUGCUUCACCAGCGGCACCACAGGAAACCCAAAAGGGGCCAUGUUGACGCAUGAGAAUGUGGUUGCUGAUGCUGCAGGUGUCCUCAAAACCUUUGAGUCUUCCUUAGUCCCAACUCCUGAGGAUGUCACCAUUUCCUUUCUGCCUUUAGCACAYAUGUUUGAGAGGAUUGUACAGACRGUGAUCUAUGGUGCUGGGGCCAAGGUGGGGUUCUUCCAGGGGGACAUUCGGCUGCUGCCAGACGACAUGAAAACUCUGCAGCCCACGGUUUUCCCAGUGGUGCCUAGACUCCUCAAUCGAAUCUAUGACAAAGUUCAGAGUGGAGCUACUUCUCCCUUUAAGAAAUGGCUGCUGAACUUUGCAGCAGACAGGAAGUACGCUGAGGUGAAGGAUGGCAUCGUCAGGAAAAACAGCAUAUGGGACAAACUCAUUUUCCACAAAGUCCAG